ACGUGACACGCCCAAUCGAGACUUGAAUGCGACCAUUUUUUCUCCGCGACGUCAGCAGUCAUCACUACUACAGCAGUGAAGAGGACCUGCACCUACACGGCUCUGUUGCUGGCUUUUCGAGGCAUGAAACAACACUAAGAGGAUGUCCCACUGAACUGAGAUGAGUGACAAUCAUGAUGAUGAAGAGGCGUCAGGUGAGCCUCAAGCCACCACAUCUUCAGAAGGUACCACUGGGCCUAGGUGUGCCAUAUUGGAUGGGAAAUUCUUCAAAGUAGUAUCUCAAAAUCCAAGUGGAAAGAUAGAAGCUGAGUGUCAGCUGUGCACAACCAAGAAAGCCAUUAUUUGUGGCUCUUAUCAAGCAACAACAAAUUUCAAGACACAUUUGAAAAGAAAACACCCAGAGAAUCUACAGGAAUUUGAAAAUUACAAAAAGGAAAGUGCAAGUGGCCAGCAGAAGAAAGCCAAAACAUCAUUAAGGCAGACUCGUUUGUUUGACCAUGCUAGCCCAACAAUAUCACAAAGUAAAGUCGACUCCCUUGUGAAAUCCUUUGUUGUCAAAGGAAUGCACUCAUUAGCCACCGUUGAACAAACAGAAUUCAUCGAGCUUGUGCAGGGACUUCACCCAGGUGCCAAUGUAAUGUCCAGACGGACACUCGGACGACGGAUUGAUGAAGAAUUUGCAACAAAAAAAGCAUUCCUAAAAGAGACGCUUAAAAAUGUUCGCCGUGUUUGUACAACAGUGGAUAUUUGGUCAACAAAGAAAACCAGUUAUUUGGGAGCAACAGUACAUUGGAUCAAUGGAGACACGCUGGAAAGGCAGUCAGCCGCUCUUGCCGUUAGGCAUUUUCCCAGCCCCCAUACUUAUAACCGAAUAGCAGAACUGUUGGAUGAGAUUCACACAGAAUAUGGGCUGUCUUCAGACACCAUUGUGUCUACAGUUACUGAUAAUGCAUCCAACUUUGCAAAGGCCUUUAAAGAGUUCAGUGUCACUGGAAAAACAAAUGACCCAGAUGAAGUUGAAGAGCUGGACGAUGAGCUGUCCUUCCUGGUCAUAGAUCCUGAGAGAGAAGAAGCAUCUGAGUGUUCCAUCAUUUUACCACCACACCUCCGGUGUGCGACACAUACUCUGAGUUUAAUCUCAACUACUGAUGUCAAGAAAUCGAUCACUAGCAAUGCAACUCUCAGCAGGCUGAAUCAUUCAACGAUGGCGAAGUGCUCAGCAUUAUGGACAGCAUCUGGCAGACCAAAGAGUGCUGAAACACUAGGCAAAGUAAUCGAGCAGCAACUCAAGACACCCUGCAUUACAAGGUGGAAUUCUCUGCAUGACUCCUUGAGGAAGUCGAACUGGACUACAUUGAGGAAUUUUGCAGAGUGUUACGACCGAUUGCCAUCUCAAUAG